AUGACCCAUCAAGUAAUUGAUCAGUAUUUUUGCCAUAAAGCUCCGUACCUUUAACAAGUUUAUAUAAAUUUAUUGCAGUAUGUGAGUAUUUAGUGUGAUUUUAAAUCGGCAUUUCCAACGGUACAUUGAAUAGUACCUUUGAAAAAUAGAUGAUGGAUUUAUUCAGUGUAUUACUCUGCAUUGUUUACUUCGUUUCUGAAGGAUAUGGUUUAACCUUAAUAGCAAAAGUUGCUUUAAAUGGAGUCACUGGUACCGUGACCUUCACCCAAAAUGGAGGAGACACGACUGUGAUCUUUGGUGUUGCUGGCUUAGCCAAUACAAACACGUGGAACAUUCGAAGUAAUCGAAUGGUGUACGAUCGACAGGUCAGGUGUUCAGAUGGAGUUCUUGGAAUGAAUUAUAUCGAAUCAACUGGUACCGUUACUAGUAAUGGAACAAAAUCAGAAACCAUAACAGCAGCAGUUCUACCCAAUUUGAAUUCUCUAACAGGUAGAGCAUUGCUGAUGGUUGAUUCGUCAACUGGUUAUCGAGUGUGUGGUACAAUAGAAGCUGACGAAGAUCAUAUAACAGGAAUAGCAAAACUUCAAUCCGUAGUAGGAGGAACAAUUUAUUUCAGACAAAAAUCAUCAUCGUCAUCAUCAGGAACUUCUAUAUAUGCAAAUGCAUUCCAUUUACAAAACACAACCACAAAUUCAAAUGAAACAGUUGCAUGGGGUAUAUAUUCUGGCACUUGUUCAAGUAAAGGUACGUUAUAUAAUCCAACAAGUAGUCCAAGUUCAUCUUGUGAUCAAAACAAUCAAGGAAAUUGUCCUAUAGGGGAUCUGUCUUCAAAAAAUUCGUACUUACCCGUUGGGGAAAAUAGUGAAGAAAUUUUAACUUCAUUUGUUGAUAUUAAUCUCCCACUCAGUGGCAGUAACUCUGUCAUUGGCAAAAUUUUAGUUUUGAAAGCUAAAAAUGGAGAUGUUCUAGUGUGUUCAAAAAUUCUCCAGUAUACAACAAGAAAUGCUGUGGCAACAUUAAGUAGAGACGGAGUAGUCGGAACGAUAUCAUUCAAACAGAGAUCACCAUUUGAUUCCACAACGGCUUUUGUUGACCUUUCUGGACUUGGUGGUAACGCCGGUGGAUAUCAUGUUCAUAAAUGGCCGGUACCAGAAAAGUGGGCAACCAAUCAGAAAGUCUGCGACGCAGAUUCCGUGAGUGGACAUUUUAAUCCUUUUGGAAUUGAUACUUCUUCAGACCCUGCAGCAACUGUGGGUACAGACGAUCAGUAUGAAGUGGGAGAUCUCAGCAGUAAAUAUGGUGUGUUAAGUGGAUUAACUGAUAAGAUGGAGAAUUACACUGAUUAUAACUUACCUUUAUUUGGUACGAAUAGCGUAAUAGGACGAUCUAUAGUUGUUCAUUAUGAUAAUGGUAAUAGAUGGGUUUGUGCUACUAUUCAAUAUGUUGGUACUACGAUUACAGGUUUAACAACGUUUACAUAUCCUGUCAUUGGAUACAUUGCUUUCAAACAACCAACAGAUAUUGACAUAGAGCUGGCAGAUACUAUGAUUUACGUGUGUGUAGACUAUGGGAAUAAUUCGAGUAGAUCUGUUGACCACAAAUGGCACGUUCACGUGGGCCAACUCGGUAGUGAUGCUUUAAUCAGUAAUGGUCGUUGUAAUUCCGUUCAAGGGCAUUAUAAUCCCUAUUCUGUUGAUCUGUUGGGAAAUUAUAAUCCGGAAUGUAACCCCAAUAAUCCUUUACGAUGUGAGGUUGGCGAUAUGUCAGGCAAACACGGAAAGAUAUCAGUACGAUCUACUUCAGGAACAAUUCAAAGAAAUUUCUUCACAGAUUUUGAUUUACCACUUACAGGGGACCUGAAGAUUUUAGGUCGGUCUGUUGUUAUACAUGCAGCAAAUUCAGGAGGAGCAAGGUUAUCAUGUGCUAAUAUUCAUACCAUACCAAACCGAAAGGUAAUUGUUAAAGCUGGCACAUGGGCACCAGAAUCUUAUGGGUCUGUAGAUGGAUCAUUUAUCAUGACACGAAAUACAGAAGGACUUAUAGAUGGAACAACAGAUGUUAGUAUUCAGUUAACAGGAUUAGCCUCAAUGGCAGGAGGAUAUCACGUCCAUGUUAAUCCUGUCCCAAAAGAAAGUUCUAGUCCAUGCUCUGCAGCUUCUGUUGGUGGACAUUUUAAUCCUUUUGGUGUUAAUGCAACAGCAGGACCGAUCGAUGGAUCCGGUUCAGAUGAUGAAUAUGAAAUAGGAGAUUUGAGUAGAAAAUAUGGUAUUUUCCUCAACAACAAACCAACCUACUCUGGGAAGGAAACAGAAACCAUGCUUCCUGUACGUGGACCUUUAAGCAUCACAGGAAGAUCUAUAGUUAUCCACAAAUCAUUAGCAGGUGCUCCCAGAUGGGUAUGUGGUAAUAUAACGGAAGAUACUGUCAGUACUGGAGGAGAGAUGUUUGAAGCAAAGGCUACAUUUUCCACUGGAUCAGUAACUGGAUAUAUUUAUAUGACACAAUAUCGAUACAGUGACGGCGGGCUAAGUGAUACCGGUGUAUUAAUAGACUUGGUAAACACUGACGGAUCAAAGACAACUGGACAUAAUUGGCAUGUUCAUCAAAAACCAGUAAAGAAUGAUGUUACUUCCGGUUGUGUUAGCCCAGGUGGUCAUUACAACCCGUUUAUGGUUGAUGUUAUUAAUAAUUAUGAUGAAUGUUCACCGCUUAAUCAUUUACGAUGUGAAUUAGGAGAUCAGUCCAGUAAACUGGGUCGUUAUGACAUUGGAAGUGGUAGAAAGUUCUAUACGGAUAUGAAUUUACCACUGGUUGGACCAUAUGGGGUUGCUGGAAAAGCAUUUGUGAUACAUGCUGAGAAUGGUGGAGGACCACGUUUAGCGUGUGCUGAUAUAAUCCCAGUUAACAAAGCGACUCCUCUUCAAAUGACUUUCGGUGAUAUGAACUUUGAUAAAUCAGAAAUGGUAACUCAUUUAGCCAGUGCAUUGCACACGUCACCCACUAACUUAGCAGUUUCAGACGCUAAGACUAAUACAGAUUGUAUGGCUGUAACAGUGUACUUUACUGGUCCCAAUGCAUCAUCCAUUAGAACAAAUUUAAAUAAAAUGAUGAAAAAAGGAGAUCAAAAACUUGGUGCUUAUAGAGAGUCAGUUAUAUGUUGUUCUUCCUAUCGGAGAAAGUGUAAGCAUUACAAAAGAAAACACCGACAUCAUAAAACAUGGCGAUAUCAAGCGAAGUUUAGAAAUAGGUCCUAUCGAUUAUCGAAUUAUCGAAAGCAUCAUCGAAACAGAAUGUUCCGACCACGUUACCACUCGAUGAAUAAUCAUCAUUACAGGCAUUCCGCACACAGGUUAUAUCCAUACUAUGUUUGACGAUUGGAUUAAUAAUUCAGAGACUAGCCAGUUGAUGACGGGGAUUAUUUGUUAGUGCUACUUUUGACAGAAUUUAUGUUAUUUAAAUUUUAACUGUGAUUGUUUUAAAAUAUUGUAUAUUUGAAUACCAUAAUAUCACUGUUUAAUACGGUGAAACAGACUUUUAUAGAUGCCAUAUUAUUUUUCAAAUUUUCGUUUUGUUUUAAACUCCACUGUUAGGCUCAAUUAUGUAACAGGGAGACAUUAAAAAAUAAUUAAGAAGAUAUUUUUUCGGCGUCCAAAGUAAUGUGGUGUUUGGUAGUUAUGGCGUCUUGUUUGUUUAGUUAUUAAACAUAUUUCCAUUUUUCUGUUUUUUGUUUUAAUCUUUCAAAAAAAACGUUUAUACAUAUCAAAAUCGUAUCUUAAAUGUCAAGUUUAAAAGUUGAUAAGUGAAACAUGUUUCUUGGUUUAAUUUGAGAAUCUGCUCCAACAAACGAAUAAUAAAUCAUAAGUUUUUGCCAAAAAAAAAAAUCCGACUACAAUUAUUUGAAAAUUGUUAAUAGGUGUACAUUAGAGCUGUUUGAUGAAACAUAAUGAUACCAACUGAGGUCAUAUAAAAAGUAUGCAAUUCACCCGUAAAGGCAAUUUGACUAUUUCUGAUGUUAUGAAUCAUUUUACCACUAUUCAUUCAUAUAUUUAUUUUCAGAUUUCAUCUCCGAGAAACAUAAAUAUGUAAAGCCAUAACAUUUCGGAGAAUUUAAUCAAGCAAAACAAUUUUAGAUAUAAGUUAUCAAAAUAGUUUGUGUAAAAAUAAUCAUUAUUUUAUGAGAUUUGAAAGGUUUUGCAAUGUGGUGUAAAUUGUAAAUUUGCCUACUUCUAUCUUGCAGAUUUUGGUAUUUUAAAUAGAUUACUUUUACUUUCAUCAUUCAGUUGAAAAGAUACUGUAAUUUGAACAUCAGUUUUUGGUUGUUUCCACGUAGAAUUUUAUCAAAAUAUGUGAUGUUUGUGGGUAAUAUGUUAAACGGUAUAUAUAUAUAUGUUAAAAUAAAAAGUUGAUGGUCCCAUA